AUGGCAUCUAUGAGUGACUUAGAUCGUCAGAUAGCGGUUCUUAGGGAAUGUAAAUUAAUAUCAGAGACUGAGGUCAAAUCCCUUUGUGCUAAAGCUCGUGAGAUUUUGAUUGAAGAGAGUAACGUUCAGUAUGUUGAUGCGCCAGUGACGGUCUGUGGCGAUAUUCAUGGUCAAUUCUAUGAUUUGAUUGAGCUAUUUAAAGUUGGUGGUGAAGUACCUGACACGAAUUAUUUGUUCUUGGGUGAUUUUGUUGACAGAGGUUAUUACAGUGUAGAAACUUUUUUGCUACUUUUGGCUCUUAAGGUUCGAUAUCCAGAUCGUAUCACUCUUAUAAGAGGCAAUCACGAAAGCCGUCAGAUUACAACUGCCUAUGGAUUUUACGAGGAGUGCGUUCGGAAAUACGGCUCACCACUCGUGUGGCGUCAAUGCACAGAGAUUUUUGACUAUUUGUGCUUAUCUGCUAUCAUUGAUGAUCGGAUAUUUUGUGUUCAUGGUGGCCUAUCACCUCAUAUUGAACGGCUUGAUCAGAUAAGGACUAUCGACCGAAAGCAGGAGGUACCCCAUGAGGGUCCCAUGUGUGACCUUCUUUGGUCCGAUCCUGAGGAUUCACCUGGUUGGAAUGUUAGCCCACGGGGUGCCGGAUUUCUAUUCGGUGCUGACACCGUCCAGAAAUUCAAUCACGAAAAUAAACUCGAUCUCAUUUGUCGCGCUCACCAAUUAGUAAUGGAGGGCAGACGUUAUCAUUUUAAUGAAACCGUUCUCACUGUAUGGUCAGCACCAAAUUAUUGCUAUCGGUGCGGUAAUGUUGCUGCUAUACUUCGACUUGAUGAAUAUCUUAAUCGAGAUUUUGCUAUUUUUGAAGCCGCUCCUCAGAAUAAUCGCAGUUUUCCUGCUCGUAAACCAGUUCCUGAUUACUUUCUGUGA